AUGCAUUCCGGGGGUGCUAAAUACGACCAAGGUUAUUAUAAUAUUCGACGAAAUCAAGUUCAAUCUUACCGGCCCAUACUAACGAUUGAUCCAGUACAACAGUUACCACUUAGAAUUGGUGCACAUAUUCUCCGCCAACUCUCACUUAAACAACGAACGAGGAAGCUCCAUGCUAUUUCAUACACAAUAACCAACCAAGCUCUUUCCGCCACAGCCUAUCGCUGCUACUCCUACCGCAGCUCACACCGCACGUAA